GAUGAUGAAGGCGGCGAGAGGGGCAUUACAGCAAAGGUUCCCGGAAUUGAGAAGCUGAAAAAUAUCUUCAAGCCGUCGGCCGAGACAGCUCAGAUACGGGAGUGGCUUAAAAGUGGGAGAUCGUCGACCGGAGUCUUCGUCGAUCUACUCAUUGACAGUAAAGUGGACGAAGUACUCACGAGCCCCAACUUUAAGAUCUGGGCCAGAUACGUCGCCAAGACUCACAAACAGAACCAGCACGCGGAAAUUGUCAGAAUCCUCACAGGUCGCGUCGAAGACAAAGAGUUGGCAGCAAUGCUCCAGGCGGCGAAGGGUGUAAGAGGCACGAAAUCAAUUGCCUCCAAGCUACAAAAGGCGCAAUUCAGAAUGUGGUUCAACAAGAAAAUUCGGCCAAGCGCAGUCAUCGAGGAGAUCUUC